AUGGAUCCGACCACACUCGAAGAAAAGUAUCCCUUCCUCACCAAGGACUACCUGCAGGGUAUAUUGCGGCGGGAACAGUGUGAGAGUGCCAUCAUCGUGGACAGCUUCAAGGUGAUCGCACCGUUGGCGAAGGGUGAAAACUACUCUAGUGACAUCCUACGGGUGACGGUAAACUAUACGACCGGAAGCCACAAUCACAGAACACAGUCGUACAUCAUCAAGGUGUCGUUCGCGAGGGAUGAGGAUGCAGAUCUGCUCGAUGCGUACGAUGUGUUCAAGCGCGAGAUUGCGGCGUACGAUGUCGUUAUGCCUAAAGUCGAACAGUUGCUAAGCUCGAUCGGAUACUGCAAACGAUUAGCACCGGCUGCUCAUGCAAUCCAUCCCACAACGAUCAAGCAUUUUGUGUUUGAGGAUUUGUCUCUACAAGGAUAUAAGCCCGUCGGACGAUCGGGUGGCUUAAACUUUCGCCAACUUCAACUUGUGCUGGAAAAAAUCGCCAAAUUCCAUGCUGCUACAGCCAUCCUGUACAGUAUUGACGAGGAAAGCAUGGCAUCACACCAUUACCGCAACAUUAGCGAAGAUGUGCCCCAUUUUUAUCCACUCUUCCAGAACAGCGUGGUAGCGUGCGGUGAACAGGCUUCCAAUUGGCCCACAACCAAGGGUAGAAUAGCGGACAAGUUACGUGCACUGGAGAAAACGAUCAUCGCUAAAGGAUGCCGGGUGUACACCCGUUGCGAAACGGACUUUAACGUCCUCAACCACGGCGACCUGUGGGUGAACAAUGUAAUGCUUAAAACGGAACCAAACGGAAAACCGAUCGAUGCGAUACUGGUGGACUAUGCGACCGGUUUCUUCGGUUCACCGGCGAUCGAUCUCAGCUAUCUACUUUUUACAUCGGCCGCAAACGAGGUGACCGUGGAAGACUUUGACCUGCUGCUUCAACACUAUCAUGCGGAGCUGGUGGAUACGCUAACCAAGCUAAAGUAUAGCAAAAAGGUGCCUACCCUGCUUGACAUACAGAUUGAGAUGCUGCGGAAAGGACACAAUGGGGUUAUGUUUUCUACCUUCCUGAUACCGCUCCGACUGUUGGAGGAUACAUCCAACGCUGAUCUGGGUGGGUUGUUGGGCAAAACGGAGGAAGCGAUCUCGUUUCGGAAAAGACUCUUUUCACAUCCCAAGUAUCAGGAUCGCAUGGAGUAUUUAUUAAAUUUUUUCGAUCGAAAAGGCUAUCUGGAUUGA